AGCAACGUUGCUUUCGCUGUACUUCAAAUGGCUGAGAAGCAAUCUCAGAGACAGAAGAAUCACAGAAACACAGAGAAACAAACAAAGAGAGAGAAAAGAAAGGAAGAGAAAAGAAGGGAGAUAGAGAGAGAGAUUGACCGCCAUUGAAGCACCUCUUACAAUAAUCACAUAACAAACUCAACAAAAACUUUUCCAUGAACACAUUCCCCAAUACUCAUUCCCAUUUUUUUCAAUUCCACCAUUUCCUUAACUGAAUGCUUAGCUUCAAAGCCAUCACGCCUCAAAACUCGUCAAAUUAGUCAACUCUGAACGUCCAUUUGACCUAGAAUUCGACGCUUUUUACAGUGUUUUGAUUCGGUUUUCUUAGCUCAAUGGAGCAAGCCACAGGAGUGCUGCGUGGAUCCACUCACGACGACGUCGUAUUAGAGUCAAUUCAAUUCAACGAAGAAAUCCGGGGAAUCAUGGCGCCCGCGCCAGCGCCGGAAAACGCCAGCUCAUUCACCGCGCUGCUCGAGCUACCGCCGACGCAGGCCGUUGAGCUCCUCCAUUCUCCUGAUUGCCCGGCCGCCGAUCGGGAACCGCCGUGCCAUGUUAGCACCAACCAAAAACCCUACCUUCUUUGCUCCUACGGCGGCAAUUUGACCUUCCCUUCCAACGCCGCGCUGAUAGAACGCGCCGCCAAGUUCUCAGUCUUCGCUGGCGAGAACUCGCCGCCGGAGGAUGCGGCGCGCCUGGCUCCAGUAGCUGUAUCCGGCGUGGUGAAGAAUGAGCCGCAGGAAACCGACUCGAACCCCAGCUCCACGCAGGGUUGCGUUUCGGAUCCCGCUGUUGAUACCAAGAAUCAGAAGACCGCGAAGAGGAAGGAGCGAGAGAAGAAGGUAACGCUAAGUUCCCCCAAUUUUGCAGCCACUUCGGGUGAAAAGCUUCCAUAUGUUCACGUUCGAGUUCGUCGAGGUCAAGCCACGGAUAGCCAUAGCUUAGCAGAAAGGGCAAGGAGAGAGAAGAUAAACGCUCGGAUGAAGCUUUUGCAGGAGCUGGUCCCCGGUUGCAACAAGAUAUCAGGAACGGCCUUGGUUCUGGAUGAAAUUAUCAACCACGUGCAAUCUCUACAGCGUCAAGUGGAGUUCUUAUCAAUGAAAUUAGCAGCCGUUAAUCCAAGAAUUGAUUUCAGCCUGGAUAGCUUGCUGGCUACUGAUGGGUCAUCUGUAAUGGACAGCAACUUAACUAGCAUGGCUUCACCUGUUAUGUGGCCAGAAAACCUAGCCAAUGGUAACAGACAGCAUUUUCAACAACAUUGGCAAUUUGAUGCAUUCCACCAACCACUUUGGGGGAGGGAAGAAGCCAACCAUAAUUUCAUGACUCCAGAACACUCACUUCUGAGUUAUGACUCGUCUGCUAAUUCAGCAUCUCUGCAGUCAAAUCAAUUGAAGAUGGAGCUCUGAGAACGUACAGAAGUUGUGGCACCGUUAGCUAUUAUUAGCCUAGUAGUGUAUAUAUCAAAUAUAGUGUUAGCAGUUAGCAGUGAUUUGAUCGGUUCAACAUUCAGCAAGGUUUCCAUGUCUUCUAUUUAUCAGAGGCAGUUAGAAACCAGAAUUUUCGUCUGCCAGAAAGGAAGAAGAAUUGGUGUGCUAUUCCUUAAUAUAAUUUCUAUUACUAUCUAUAUAUUCUAUACUAACUACAGGGGUCAUUCAGUCUAUAUCAAUUGAUUGAUUGAUUCAGAUUGUAAAAUCAUAGAACGGACUAUUAGUAAUUACUGAACUUUAAUAGGAGUGAGUUGCUUUGUUUCAUUUAAUGCUGCUAAGAUGAUUGGCUCUUUGUUAGAAUUUUGUUGACAAAUCUACUCUAAUUUUGAACUACUUGUGGUGAUUUUUUUUUUCUCCAACGUCUUUAAACUUUUCUCAUGUUGAUCAUAA